AUGAUAUUUGGCUCAGAGCCUCCGCUGUAUUUGAAGCCUGUUGGCCGGCGCGGGCUGCGGCGGCACGAGGCGGACGUCCUGCAGCACUACCCAGGCUACAGCCACCCGGUUGUGCAGCUCCGUGGGAGUGAGGGAUACAUCGACGAUAGCCACCGCCUGCACCCGCGCCUCACAGCAGCAGAGGAAUUGCGCCACGAGCGAGAAUUGGGGGCUGAGCGUCGGCAACGCGUUGUUGAGGUGCGCCGAAGACGCCAUUGCGAGCGCGAAGCCAAUUUGGCGCAGCGGAGAGAGGACGAGUUUCAGAGGGAGCAGCGUCAUAAGGCGCAGUUAGCCGGCUUGUGCAUUCGAAAUGAGCCCGGUGACGGACGUGAUACAAUUACGCAACAGUAUAGGACAGAGGAUGCACGCCGCCACUACGAGUACAAGCAUGAAUUAGAAAAGCAUCGUUACUUUGCACGGCAACAACGCCUACGCGAAAAGACUCAUCCUCAUGGAUACAACAUUUUAACAGGUGAAGCGUUGCCCUCGACGGUGGUGCCACCUAAGCCAUCAAUACCAUCUGAUACUCAAUUAUUCGCUGUGCAACAUGGGGAUUAA